GAAUCAACGGCUUCCUGUUACGAAACGUGCCCUUGUUGAUUUUGAAGUGGGUUGCAAUGGGAAACCUUCUCGGCUAAGGAACGUGUUUCCGCGUUUCGCUGCACAGGGUCGUAGCUCCAUGAAACUCCAACUCGCCGCUCAAAAGGAAUAACCUUCUUCUGCUCAUUCAAAUUUACACAUUCGAGCUUUGGUUGUCUUCCCGCACGCAGAGAGAGAUUUGAUAUCAGACAUGGAUCAUGGCGAUCAAAACCAGAUGAAAUCAGAAGCGAAACAAGGAACCCAUUCUGAAGAUUACGCUCCUUACCCUAAAUUGGAUCCUAAAGAUGUCGUGAAUGAAAAUCAAGGGGGGGGAGGUGGAAAUUGGGGUACCUUUGUAAUGGGGUCGAACCCUGAAGCUGAAACUAAUGCUCCUUCUCCAAAAACAGUGACAUGGAGCCCCCAAUUAUCGUCUGAAGCUCCUUCCUCCAUCUCUGGAUCUGCUCCGCCUGCUACACAGAUGCCUAUAGAUUCGAACCCCUAUGUUACACCUGCUCCUGCUUCUUCUAGCAAAACUAAAAUUGAUGCCGUUAAAGACGUGCUUGGAAAAUGGGGAAAGAAAGCUGGGGAAGCCACUAAAAAGGCUGAGGAUCUUGCGGGCAAUGUCUGGCAACACUUGAAAACAGGACCUAGUGUUGUUGAUGCAGCCAUGGGAAGGAUUGCUCAGGGAACUAAAGUUCUUGCUGAAGGGGGAUAUGAAAAGAUCUUUCAACAAACGUUUGAGACACUACCAGGGGAAAAGCUACUCAAGUCAUAUGCAUGCUAUUUGUCAACUUCUGCCGGUCCUGUUAUGGGGAUUUUGUACUUGUCAACAGCAAAACUUGCUUUUUGCAGUGACAAUCCUCUUUCCUACAAAUCUGGGGACCAGACUGAGUGGACUUAUUACAAGGUGGUGAUCCCACUUCAUCAGCUAAGGGCCAUCAAUCCUUCUACAAGCAAAGUGAAUCCUGCUGAAAAAUACAUCCAGGUUGUAUCUAUUGACAACCAUGAAUUCUGGUUUAUGGGCUUUGUGACUUAUGACAGUGCUGUUAAAAGCCUGGUAGAAGUUCUCAAGGAUCAUGGGCCACAAGCAGUGUGAUGGUUGUAGAAUUGGACUACUCUGUGAAAUCCACCAUAAGCUAUUGGAGCUAUCUGAUAAUUAAUGUUUAGCUCUCAUGUUUGGAAACACAUGUUUGAAACAUAGGGAAAGCCUGCCUAAUUAUUUGACAUUUUGUGAUUCUUGUGUAAAUAAACUCACUCGUGGUUCUCUAGAUGUCCAUAUGUCUCAUAUUACGAGAUAGGAAAAACUGAUGAGCAUGAUGUUAGAUUCUUGUGUGUGAUUUCGACCUUUAUGUCUAGAAGAAUUCCAGUGCACCACGUGUUCUGAGUUUCUUUGCUUCAUGUUUUUUCAAGGAAUGUUUGCUUGACAUAUCA